UCAUCAGUGUGGCGUUACCCUCUUUGCUAGACUGACACAGAGAAAGAAAAACAUUCAAACCAGCAAGGAGUUGAACUUAAAGGAACAUAUCCAGACUUACUUGGACUGGAGACAUGACCAAAGAGACUGAGACUCUGGGAUUGGUCUUUCAGAGUGAGAACUUCAGCUAUAAUCCACACACAAACUACAUCAUGGACUCCUGGCCCUACCUGGACAACUCUGGCGCUGAUCCGAACCUCUCCAAACCCAGACUUCACCCAGCAGACAGCCUAGCAGCUUUGACAAUGCUCCAGGAACAGUGCAGGAGCCAAAAAGAGCCAAAAUGUGUUGCCUUCAACCACAAGCCAACAGACAGGGGCCUGGCCAGCGAGCUCGUUUCACUGGAGGCAUCUGCCAAUGUCAUGAAGAUUCUCUCCGAAAAUGCCUCCACUUCCCUUCCCCAGGAUGUGUUGGGAUCUAAGCCGAUUACCUCCAUGCCCAUUUCUGCUUCUGUCACCUCAGACACGUACACUACCCUGAACAGUGUUGUUGCUGACCCAUAUGAAAAGCAUGUCAACAGCAUCAUUGACACGCUGCUCCAGUGGCCGGAGGCCGGACCCUUCCCAGACCCCACUGCUGAGACCCUUAACUACAGCGAUCCAUUCACUGACAACCAUUCCAGCCCCGUUUACUCGGCUUCCUACACCAGCUCCCCACCGGAGAGGGUGAGGAAUGAGUUGCAGUUUUCCCUUGGAGCUCCUGCAGCGUCCUCUCACAAGUCCAGCGAGCUGCCCAUGGUGUACCUGAACAAGGGCCAGUUCUACCCCAUCACUCUUCAGGGAGUGGACAGCAGUUCCUGUCUCACCGCCACAAAAGUCAAGACAGUGGUGAUGGCUGUGUUUGAGAAUGACAAGAGCCCAGAAAUGCAGCUCCGCUUCUGGAACCACUGGCAUGCACGCCAACCAACCGUCAAGCAGAGGGUCAUUGACAUCGCUGACUUCAAAGAAGUGUUCACUGGCAUCAGCAACAUUGAGGAGGUGGCUUUCAACGCGCUGUCUUUUGUCUGGAACCCCAAUGAGGAGGCCAAGAUAUUCAUUGGAAUCAACUCCCUGAGCACAGACUUCUCCUCUCAGAAAGGAGUGAAGGGCCUGCCUCUAAACCUGCAGAUCGACACUUACGACUACAGCUCGGGAUCCAAUCAGCUCCUCCACAGAGCUGCCUGCCAGGUCAAGAUUUUCUGUGAUAAGGGUGCAGAGAGGAAGAUGCGAGAUGAGGAGAGAAAGCGAUCCAAGAGGAAGGGAAAGAUCAUUAAUGAUACCAACGCAAUCGUCAACAUGGGAAAUGAUUGCACCUUCUUCAAGACCCUGGACGACCACAUCACCCAGCCAGUUCUCUUCAUUCCUGACACACACUUAUCCAGCUUACAGCGCAUGGCCCCUUCCGUGGACGAUACUGAAAGGAGUUGUUUCAAGCGGUUGUAUCCAGACAGAGACCAGAGCAGCUCUCCACCCAACAAACAGGCCCGCAGAGAAGACCCGCAAAGAGUUCUGCUGUAUGUGCGGACCAGCACCGAGGAGGUGUUUGAUGCUCUCAUGCUCAGCUCACCAACGCUGUUGGGCCUACAAGAAGCCAUUUCAGAAAAGUAUGGUAUGCAAAAAGAUAGCAUUGGGAAAAUCUACAAAAAAUGCAAGAGAGGGAUCUUCAUCAACAUGGACGACAACAUCAUUGAACACUACAGCAACCAGUCGGCUUUCCUCAUCGAGAUAUCCGAAGUGCCCACCGGUCUGUUCCAGGUCACUCUCGUUGAAGUAUGAAAACAAAUCUGUUGAAGGAUGAACAAACACAGCUGCUUCUCACAAUCUCAUUUAAAAGCACUGCCCCGUAGGGACAAUGAACGCUGUGGACUUGCCAAAACCAGGAACAGAACUGGACAGAGCAGAUGUCUGCACAGUUCCAGACGUCUUGUAAAAAUGCUAAACGGUUUCUUGAUUAUGGCAAUCUUGUUCAGUCAAGUUGUUGUGGUUUGUUAUUUUAAUAAUAUAAUGUAAGAGCAGUUAUUAUGAAACCCUGUACAUUUAUGUGUAAAUAGAUUUUAAUAUUAACUGUCUAAAAUUGAUGUUGCAUGUCAAUUUUCCAAAAGUUUGUAAGGAAUUUCAAUUUUUUCUGAGCUUUGAACAUGAAUUGUGCAAAGCAUAAGCUUACAAUUGUAUAUAGAGAUUUAUUUUUUAAGCAUUUUUUUUUAAAUAACAUCAGUCUUGCUCCUUUCAGCAUGUUCAUCAUUUCUCCUGCAAAUCCACUGGUGCGUUUUCUUACCUGCAAUCUGAGAUCCUUCUCAUUUUGAGGUUUUUUUUACUGCCAAAAGCAUCUUCCUGCCAUUUCCUGUUUGUUUCAGGAAAUGACAGCCGCCGC